UUUCCUCCCUCCCACUUGUUUCGGCGAUUCUCUCUCCCCUCCCUCCCUCCCCUGUCCCUCCAGCAAAUGGCUUCGUCUCAAGCCAGCCUUCUCCUUCAGAAGCAACUCACAGAUCUUUAUAAAAAUCCAGUUGAUGGAUUUUCGGCGGGUUUGGUUAACGAGAACAACGUAUAUGAAUGGCGAGUCACGAUCAUUGGGCCACCCGAUACUCUUUAUGAUGGAGGUUUCUUCAAUGCCAUCAUGCUUUUUCCUCCCAAUUAUCCACUCAGUCCACCAACAGUGAGAUUUAUCUCUGAGAUGUGGCAUCCUAAUGUUUACCCAGAUGGAAGAGUCUGUAUUUCAAUUCUUCAUCCCCCUGGUGAUGAUCCAAAUGGCUAUGAACUUGCAAGUGAGCGCUGGAGUCCUGUCCAUACGGUUGAGAGCAUAGUUUUAAGCAUUAUAUCAAUGCUUUCAAGCCCUAAUGAUGAGUCUCCUGCAAAUGUAGAAGCUGCGGUAUGUUUUAAUGUGAUGUGGAGAGACAAAAAAGAUGAGUUCAGAAAGAGAGUAAGUCGCUGUGUGAGGAAGUCUCAAGAAUUAUCAUGAACUCCUUUAUACUUUUUAUGUCAUUACAGUUUCUUGCUUCUUAUUUUGCCAUGAGUGAAGGAUUAUGGCCAUGUUUUGUUAUUCUGAUUAUAAAAAAAAAAAAAAAAAACUUGUCAUUCUUAAGCCUCAGACUUAAGGAAAUAUGUGCUUGAAGUUGUGUAAAAUUGUGGCUUUCUAUAGCUCUUUCCUUCUCUUUCUUUGUUGAUAAUAGGCCUUCUAAAGUUCUUGUCA